AUGGCCGUCAAGGAGUACCACACUGAGGAGCAGUCUGCCCAGAGCCCUUGGGUUCAGACUCCAUUGAGGGAGUCGUAUGCGCUUUCUGAAGCAGCGGGAUGCAGAGUCUUCCUCAAGCUGGAAAACCUCCAGCCUUCCGGAUCAUUCAAGUCACGAGGCAUCGGCAACUACAUCCUCCGUCGUCUCGCAGAGUUUCCUAAAGGCACACGCCCUCACAUCUUUGCUUCCAGUGGUGGGAAUGCUGGCCUCGCUGCUGUUCACUCGGCUCGUGCCCUCAACCUACUAUGCACUGUUGUCGUGCCGACCGCUACUGCACCCUUGAUGGUAGCUAAGCUCAGGGCUGCUGGUGCAUACGAAGUCAUCCAACAUGGUGCCGCAUGGAAGGAUGCUGAUGCAUACUUGAAGGAGCACGUCAUGCCCUAUGCACAAACAGAAACCAUCUACUGCCCACCCUUUGACCACCCAGAUAUCUGGCAAGGCAACAGCACUUGCAUGACCGAGAUUGCAGCCCAGAUGCCUGGCGGCGAGGAGCCCGAUGUCCUCAUCUGCUCCGUCGGCGGCGGCGGCCUUCUCAACGGCAUCUGUCAAGCCAUGGAUUCCCUCAACAUGACCAAGACCACCAUCCUCGCCAUGGAGACUGCCGGAGCCGAGAGUCUACACGCGGCCCUCCAAGCCAAAGAAGUCAUCACCCUCCCCAAAAUCACAUCCCAAGCAACCAGCCUAGGCUGCGCCCGCGUCACAGACGCAACCUUCAAAUACGCCCAACGCGGCAAUGUCCGCAGCGUCGUUCUUCCCGAUGCUGAAGCCGCAAUGGGCUGCUGGCGUCUUGCUGACGACGAGCGCAUCAUGGUCGAGCUCGCCUGCGGCAUCAACGUUGCUCUCUGUUACGAUGGGCGUCUCGAGAAAGCACUUGGUCGCCCUGUCCGCCCCGAAGAUAAAGUCGUCAUUGUCCUCUGUGGCGGCAGCAAUGUCAACAGCAGGAUGCUGUGUGACUGGCGCAACGAGUAUGCUUAUAUUGAAGAAGAGACUGAGGCUCGCCGGCGCAAGAGCGACUCUGCGCUUGGUAGUGAGACUACCAGCGAGACGGGCAGUGUAAAGGAUCUUGAUUUGAGCAAGGUGAGUGUGCCCAGCGAGCUUAGCAAGCCGUUUGUUAUUGAGGGGAUUGAAGUAGGGUGUGUAGAGUGCUCAUAA